AUGGAAAAGGUCAUGUUGGAGGGACAUGAUCCUGAGGAGCUACGUGAGCUGCAGGAUCUGAAUGCGGAGCUGGAGGCUCUGGAUCAGAAGGAAAAGCAACUCGUGGAUCUGGCAGAGACGCAGGCCACCGAUGCCGAGCUGAAGGACUUGGACAGAACCACGGCCAGCCCUCCCCGCUCCAACUCACCUUCUUCCCUGGCUACGAGUGCCCAAAGCCAGGAGCUGGCAGACUUGCAAGCGUGUGUGCGGAAGAUGGUGGUCUCCGGCGCCAUCCCGGAGAAGAAGAAGCCCCGCACCGAAGAGAGUGAGAACGAGGAGGAGAAGGAGGAGCCUGAGGGAUCGGUGGCAGGCGGAGGUGCAGCUGGGGGAAAGAAGUUCCGAGCAGCCAGGAACGCUAAGCUUCGCAGGCUUUGCCGGCGCCGAAAGAAUGGUUCCCUGGCUGUGCCAACGUGGCUCCAUGAGUUGUGGAAGGCUGGUAACCAUACGGCCCUUUCCCUGCAGUACGAGGAAGCUGGCUACAACAAGGAUAAGUUCGUGACCUCGGUGCAGAACAGCAUCAAGCGGCGGGACAAGAAGACGUGCCAAGUCGAGGAAGGCUGGUACUCGAAGGAGGACAUGAGCGUCGCGACGCUGGAGGCCGACGCCAAGAUCUUGGAUCAGGUGCACAAUGAGCUUACGGACAUGCAGGCCAAGGGGGAGACGCAGGAUCAUGACGCCAAGCGGCUAAGCUGA